AUGGGAGAAUUUGCAAACAUUCGCACAGAUGUGUUGUAUAUUUUUCAUCGGGUAGUCUGCUUCUCCUGCAUUGUCAUUCCAAUAGGUGGAAUAGGUGUGUUUUGCUACUUUAGUUUUAAAACUCCGUUUAUGUGCAGAAACAUGUCGAUGUACAAAGUGGUUCCAUACGAAGCUGCUCGCAUAUAUUCCAUAGUUGUGCUUCCCAAAUCAGUGCCAUUAAAUAAUCGUAAAUUUUCACGAUGCGCCAUUGUUCAGCGAGAAAGUACAUCGAAUAAAGCGCCUUCAUAUACAAACUUGCCGGGUGGCUUUACUAAUCCGCUUAACCGAGAAGGCGAAGAUUCUCUUAAGCUACGAUUUUUCGAUCAAACAAAACAUAUGGCGUAUGAAAUAAAGCACUUUUACCAGGACUUCAUCGGUAACAAGGAGGUACAGGAAUCGCAACGAAAAGUGAACGAUUUACAACAUAAGCUUAACAUUCUUAUCGACAAACGGAGUUCGUGCGAGUUCGAGGUUAUCGAAAUAAAGAAGCAACUUGCCGAGCUGAACAGUUCCCAGCAGACAGUGUCGCGCGAAGAUGCCCAAUACAUUGAACUGUUGAAGCAGGAAUUUAAGUUACACUCUGAGAAGCAGCGGCUGGACAGCCUGAUAGAAGUGAUGAACUACGAACAUCAACUGAUGCUGAUGCAGCUAACGCACGCUUUCAACGAUGUUCAUUUGAAGGAACGACAGGAAGCGAACAAUAUACGGCUGGUGAAAUUGUUUCUCACCACCAUCGUGGCGGUGCUAGGUUUCAGUGCGAACGCUGGAUAUAAUCACUACAAAGAUAGCAAGGUGCAAAAUCAUAUGGCAAUGCAGAGCAAAAUGAUGAAGACAUUAGUAAGUUAUGUCGAACAGGAACAGUCACGGAAUGUGAAACCGUCAACCGAAUCCUGGGGAAGCUAUCUGUACCGUCAGCCGGGUCGUUUGUACGGGUACGUGUUUUCUAAGCAAACGGUCGAAUCGUGGGGAAGCAGUCUCUAUCGUCAGCCCGUGCGUUUAUAUCGGUACAUGUUUCGAAAAGAUGCGUGAAGGAAUAUUCCGCUCGGUAAGCAUUCCUACAAAGUAUGUAAAACUGGAACAUUUAAUUGGAUAUGGAAUUAAAACAAUCAGAGUUCCUGUUAGUUUUGUAUCAAUAUGUAACUGAAUGUUUACAUACGAACGAAAUAAAUG